ACGAUGCGGACAGAGUAGUCAACCUACCUAUUAUCUCUAUCUUUAUAGGAGCGAUAUCAUAUUAUUUAGAUGGAAGUUUGUGUCAUACAUCAGUGAAAAUAUCAUGUUGAAGUUCAAGUACGUGAGCCAAGGCAGCCUGAAGAUGGUGCCUUGCUCUACGGAUCCUAUCACAAGCCGUAGCUCCCGGAUCAACCACCUCUUUCAGGGUCGAAUUAGCUUGUGUGGACAAGAGGAAAGAUGCAAUUUGGGCCGGGAGGAGUUUCUCGAGGCACUAUUGGUGCUCUAUCAAGAGUGCACCUCUCCCGACCUAAUGAAGAUGCAACACGUUAGCAACUUUGUCCACAAAUUUUCUGAGGUAGUCAUGGAGCUGCAGGCUCUGCAGCCUGGGCCACAGGACUUUGAGGUGCGAGCAGUUGUGGGUCGUGGUCACUUUGCCGAGGUUCAAGUAGUAAAAGAGAAGGCUACCGGCGAUGUGUGUGCCUUGAAAAUCAUGGACAAGGAGGUCUUACGUGUUGCAGAAAAUGUGGUGUUCCACGAAGAGGAACGAAGGAUCCUCUCCCUCAACAGCAGCCCCUGGAUCCCUCAGCUGUUCUACGCCUUCCAGGACACAGAGCACGUCUACCUGGCUAUGGAAUACCUGCCAGGAGGCGACCUGAGUUCCCUGCUUAUUAGAUAUGAGGAUCAGUUCGAUGAGUCCAUGGCUCAGUUCUACCUGGCUGAGCUGGUGGAAGCCAUCCACAGUGUCCAUCAGCUUGGCUACGUCCACAGAGACGUGAAACCGGAGAACGUUCUGAUCGAUCGUACCGGCCACAUUAAGCUGGCAGACUUUGGCUCUGCUGCCAAGCUGAACUCCGAUAAGAAGGUGGUGGCCCCUGCGGCCCCCGUGGGCACCCAGGACUUCCUGUCCCCCGAGGUCCUGUCCGCUAUGAAGGGGGGCCAACCCGCCCUCUACGGGGUGGAGUGUGACUGGUGGUCCCUGGGGCUCAUAGCGUACGAGAUGAUCUACGGAAAAUCCCCCUUCUCCGACGGCACCUCCGCCAAGACCGUCCACAACAUCCUCAACUUCCAGCGGUACCUGAAGUUCCCAGAGGAGGUGCGCGCCAGCAGGCUCUUGGUGGACUUGGUGCAGAGCCUCCUGUGCGGAGCCCGGGAGCGGCUGGGCUACCAGGGCCUGCGCUGCCACGCCUUUUUCUCCAGCACCGACUGGAACAACCUGAGACAAGUCCUCCCGCCUUUUGUUCCGAAGCUGCAAACAGAAGAUGACACCUCUAAUUUUGAAGAACCGGAGCAGGCAGCCCCCCGGUCUGCCCCUGCUGCCCAGCGAGGAGCUCAGACAGCGGGCUUCAAGGGCCACGAUCUGCCCUUUCUAGGCUGGUUCUUCAGCAGGGCGUUGACAGCGCUCGCCAAAGCCGAGUCUGUGUCGGCUGGCAUCAACUCCCCUGCCAAGACCAACUCCAUGGAAAAGAAGCUACACCUGAAAAGCAAAGAACUACAAGAAACUCAAGACAAAUGCCACAAGAUGGAUCAGGAGAUCUCCAGGUUCCAGCGUAAGAUGACCGACCUGGAGUCCGUGCUCCACCAGAAGGAUGUGGAGCUGAAGGCCUCGGAGACCCAGAGGACCAUCCUGGAGCAGGACCUCGCCACCUACAUCACAGAAUGCAGCAGCUUGAAGCGCAGCUUGGAGCAGGCCCGGGUGGAGGUCUCCCAGGAGGAUGAUAAGGCCCUGCAGCUGCUCCACGACAUCCGAGAGCAGAGCAACAAGCUGCAGGAGAUUAAGGAGCAGGAGUACCAUGCCCAGCUGGAGGAGAUGCAGGUCACCAUCCGGCAGCUGGAGGAGGACCUGUCGGCGGCCCGGCGCCGCAGCGACCUCUACGAGUCGGAGCUCAGGGACUCCAGGCAGACCAGCGAAGACCUGAAGAGGAAGGCCGUGGAGUACCAGCAGAGGAUCCAGAAGGCUAAAGAACAGGGCAAGGCCGAUGUAGAGGAGCUUCUCUCCAAACUGGAAAAGACAAAUUCUGAUCAGCAGCUGAAAAUCCAAGAGCUCCAGGACAAACUUUCCAAGGCGGUGAAAGCCAGCACAGAGGCCACGGAGCUGCUGCAGAACAUCCGCCAGGCCAAGGAGAGGCUGGAGCGAGAGCUGGAGCGCCUCCGGGGCAAGACGGAGCCCAGCGACACGCUGAAGCGCCGCCUGAGGGAGACGGAGGAGGGCAGGAAGACCCUGGAGAACCAGGUGAAGCGGUUGGAGAUGGUCGAGCGGCGGGAGAACAAGCUGAAGGACGACAUCCAGACCAAAUCCCAGCAGAUCCAGCAGAUGGCGGAGAAGAUCCUGGAGCUGGAGGAGAACCUGAGGGAGACCCAGGCCACGGCCCAGCGGAUGGAGACCCACCUGGCCCAGAAUGAGAGGCUCUAUGAGGACAAGAUCAAGGUUCUGGAGGCUCAGAUGAAAGAGGACCUGGUGGACAAGGAGAGCCUGGAAACCAAGCGGGCCCAGCACGAGCAGGAGGCCCGUGAGAAGUUCAAGCUGAUCAGCGAGCAGAAGGCUACCAUUAACGCCAUGGACUCCAAGAUGAAGAACCUGGAGCAGCGCAUCUCCGAGCUGUCGGAGGCUAACAAGCUGGCGGCCAACAGCAGCAUCUACACCCAGAAGAACAUGAAAGCCCAAGAGGAGAUGAUCUCGGAGCUGCGGCAGCAGAAGUUCUACCUGGAGUCCCAGGCGGGGAAGCUGGAGGCCCAGAACGCCAAGUUGGAGGAGCACCUGGACAAGAUGAGCCAGCAGGAGCAGACCAAACGCAGCCGUCUGGUGGAGCUCGAGACCAGGCUCCGCGAGAUGGGGCUGGAGCACGAGGAGCAGAAGCUGGAGAUCAAGCGGCAGGUGUCGGAGCUGACCCUGUCGCUGCAGGAGCGCGAGUCCCAGAUCAGCGGCCUGCAGGCGGCCCGCCACGCCCUGGAGAGCCAGCUGUCCCAGGCCAAGACGGAGCUGGAGGAGACCACCGCAGAGGCUGAGGAGGAGAUCACCGCGCUCAGGUCUCACAGAGAUGAAAUUCAGCGCAAAUUUGAUGCCCUGAGAGACAGCUGCUCAGUGAUCACGGACCUGGAGGAGCAGCUGACCCAGCUGAGCCAGGAGAACGCCGAGCUCAACCGCCAGAACUUCUACCUGUCCAAGCAGCUGGACGAGGCGUCGGACGAGAGCGAGGACCGCCUGCAGCUCAGCCAGGAGGUGGACCGCCUCCGCAGAGAGGUGGCCGACCGCGAGAUGCACCUCAACAACCAGAAGCAGAACAUUGAGACGUUGAAGACGACGUGCAGCAUGCUGGAGGAGCAGGUGGUGGAGCUGGAGUCUCUGAACGACGAGCUCCUAGAGAAGGAGAGGCAGUGGGAGGCCUGGAGGGGCGCGCUGGAGGACGAGAAGAGCCAGGCGGAGAGACGCACCCGGGACAUGCAGAGGCUGCUGGACAACGAGAAGCAGAACAGGUUGCGCGCCGACCAGCGCAGCACCGAGUCCCGCCAGGCCAUAGAGUUGGCGGUGAAGGAGCACAAGGCUGAGAUCGUGGCGCUGCAGCAGGCCCUGAAGGAGCAGAGACUCAAGGCCGAGAGUCUGUCUGAUACGCUCAACGAUCUGGAGAAGAAGCACGCCAUGUUGGAGAUGAACGCCCGCAGUCUGCAGCAGAAGCUGGAGACGGAGCGGGAGCUCAAACAGAGGCUGAUGGAGGAGCAGGGGAAGCUGCAGCAGCAGAUGGACCUCCAGAAGAGCCACAUCUUCCGUCUCACGCAGGGCCUGCAGGACGCCCUGGACCAGACAGACAUGCUGAAGACGGAGAGGACGGACCUGGAGUACCAGCUGGAGAACAUCCAGGCCGUGUACUCCCAUGAGAAGGUGAAGAUGGAAGGGACUAUUUCCCAGCAGACCAAACUCAUUGACUUCCUCCAGGCCAAAAUGGACCAGCCAACAAAGAAGAAAAAGGGUAUAUUCGGGAGGCGCCGGGAGGACGUGGGCACCACCACCAACGGGGCCCUGAUGCCGCUGCCCCCGCCGCCCCCCAUGCCCCUGCAGUACGGGGACAUGAAGCUGGCCCUGGAGAAGGAGCGCUCCCGCUGCUCGGACCUGGAGGAGACCCUGCAGAAGAUGAGGAUCGAGCUGCGCUCCCUCAGGGAGGAGGCAGCCCACUUCAAGGCCCAGGAGCACGCGGGCCCCUCCACCCCGGCCCAGGCCCGGCAGCAGAUCCUCAUGUCGGCCAUCGUCAAGUCCCCCGAGCACCAGCCCAACCCCAGCGGCCUGCUCAACCCCUCCACGCGCUGCAAGGAGACGGCCACGCCUGAGGAAAAGAGGAGGGUCACCUUUGAGAAGUUUGGCCGGCGCGUGAAGGAGAGGAUGCACCACAACAUCCCCCACCGCUUCACCGUGGGCCUCAACAUGAGGGCGGCCAAGUGCACCGUGUGCCUGGACACGGUGCACUUUGGACGGCAGGCCGCCACGUGCCUAGAGUGCCACACGCUGUGCCACCCCAAGUGCUCCCCGUGCCUGCCGGCCACCUGCGGCCUGCCGGCCGAAUACGCCACCCACUUCUCAGAGGCCCUGUGCCGGGACAAGGCCAACUCCCCCGCCCUGCAGGUGAAGGAGGCCAGCGGGCACGUCCGCCUGGAGGGCUGGAUGAAGCAGCCCAGGAACGGGAAACGCGGGCAGCAGGGAUGGGAGAGCAAGUAUGUGGUGCUGGAUGGAACCAAAGUGUCCGUGUUUGAUGGCGAACCCAGAGAGGACUGUGCCAAGGCGGAGGAGGAGUUUGAGCUGUGUCUGCCUGACGGGGAGGUGAGCGUGCACGGUGCCGUGGGCGCCUCGGAGCUCAUCAACACCGCCAAAUCAGACAUCCCCUACAUACUGAAGCUGGAGUCCCACCCUCACACCACCUGUUGGCCCGGUCAGACCCUCUACUUCAUGGCUCCCAGUUUCCCAGACAAGCAGCGCUGGGUGGCGGUGCUGGAGUCUGUGGUGGUCAGUAGCCACGCCUCCAAGGACAAAGGGGAGACUGAGGCUAAACUACUGGGCAACUCUCUUCUUAAGUUGGAGGGCGAUGACCGUCUGGACAUCAACUGCACUCUGCCACUCACCGACCAGAUCGUGCUGGUUGGGUCUGAGGAGGGUCUGUAUGCUCUGAACGUGAUCAAGAACUCUCUGACGCACAUCCCCGGCCUGGCCUCCGUCUUCCAGAUCCAGAUCCUGAAGGAGUUGGACAAGCUGCUGAUGAUCACAGGAGAGGACAGGGCUCUGUGUCUGGUGGAGAUCAAGAGGGUGAAGCAGUCUCUGUCCCAGUCCCACCUGCCAGCCCAGCCCGACCUCAACCCCUACAUCUUUGAGACGGUCAAGGGGUGCCACCUCUUCUCCUCUGGCAAGAUUGAUAACGGAAUGUGUAUUUGCGCCGCCAUGCCCAAUAAAAUCACCAUCCUGCGUCACAACGAAAGCCUCAACAAGUUCUGCAUUCGAAAGGAGAUCGAGACCUCAGAACCCUGCAGCUGCAUCCACUUCACCGGCUACAGCAUCGUCAUCGGCACCAACAAGUUCUACGAGAUAGAGAUGAAGCAGUAUGUGCUGGAAGAGUUCCUGGACAAGAACGACGUGUCGCUGGCCUCCGCUGUAUUCUCGGCCUCCUCCCACAGCUUCCCCAUCUCCAUCAUCCAGGUCACAAAGGCCCCUCAGAAGGACGAGUACCUGCUCUGCUUCCACGAGUUCGGUGUGUUCGUGGACGCCUACGGCCGCCGGAGUAGAAACGACGACAUCAAAUGGAGUCGUCUGCCCCUGUCCUUCGCCUACAGAGAACCCUACCUGUUUGUGACCUACUUCAACUCGCUGGACGUGAUCGAGAUCCAGGGGCACGCUGCUCUCGGACCCCACUCGUACGCCCACCUGGACAUCCCCAACCCGCGCUACCUGGGCCCGGCCAUCUCGUCGGGGGCCAUCUACCUGGCCUCCUCCUACCAGAACAAGCUGAGGGUCAUCUGCUGCAAGGGCAACCUGACCCAGAGCCAGGAGGCCGGCAGCGACCUGCAGCGCAACGGCUCCGCUCGCAGUCCCAACAAGCGCGGACCCCCCACCUACAACGAGCACAUCUCCAAGCGGCUGGCGGCCAGCCCCGUGGUGCACGGGGACCCCGGGACCCCCCACCGCUACCGCGAGGCGCGCACCGAGUUCCGCCGGGACAAGUCCCCCAACCGGCCCCUGGAGAGGGAGAAGUCCCCCGGCAGGAUGCUGGAGGGCCGCAUCGUGGGCUCCCCCGGACGCGCCAUGGCACAGGACCCCCGCCUGGACCGCUCCCCGGGCCGCGCCAUGGCCCAAGACCCCCGCAUGGAGCGCUCGCCCGGCCGCAUGAUGGACGUCCGCCGGGAGAGGUCCCCCGGCCGCUACGAGGAGCGUCAGCGGCUCCACACGGGCUCCGGACGCACGCCCAUCAACCCCGUCAACAAGGUGUGGGACCAGUCGUCCGUCUGAGCGUCUGCAGCACCAACACCUCCACC